AUGCAACAGAAGAAUCCUUCUCGUCUUCAACCCUUAUCUAAUGACCCGAAUGGUGCCCCGGGUUCAUCUCUACAAGCUAUUAAAAUGCAACAAAAGGCACGAGAAGAUGAUGAACGAAUACGAUUAAAGCGUGUAAAGGGAGCUAUUGUACUUAUUCUGCAGUUUUUACUCGAUCAAGGAUACACAGGAACACUGCAGAUGUUACAACAAGAGAGUCGUAUAUCUAUGCAACAGUUUUGUCCAGCAGAUAAUGUAGAUCUUCUCUCUAUUAUUACAGAAUAUGAACAAUACUUUGAGUUUCGCUUUAAUCGCCGUCCAAAACUCUUCCGUGCGGUGGAUGGAGGACAAGAUAUCACAACAGAAAUGCAGUCAGGUGAAUGUAUGGCUGUAAAAAGACGACCAAAUGGAGGUUCAGCCGGUUCACGGGCAAAACGUUCACCGGGAAGUAUUAAUCUUAACAAGGUAAACUACGCCAAUGUUGCCAACCUGCAGGAUAGCCCACCGAGUGGGGCAUUGGAGACACAGAAACCAUCAGGGGCUUCACCACAAAUUGCACGUGGUUUGGCACUCGCACAACGGCCAAAUACUCCACCAUCACCACAACGGAAAAGAAUUGGAAAUAAUAAUAAUAACAAUAAUAGUAACAAUCACAAGAAGAAGGGAUUUGUUUCCGAUGCGGCUGGUAUUAUGGGAUUAGCUGGAGUUCGACUAGAUCCAGCGUUGGAUGGACAAAGUCCAAAUAGUCCCCGAUAUGAAGAAGAUGAAGAUACUUUUUUUGGUCGUGCAUUAAAGCCACUUCCACGAUUUCCUACUUCAGAACUUCAAGACUUGGCUAUGACGAUACAACGAGAUAUUUUAGAUGUAAAUCCUAAUGUUCGGUGGAAUUCUAUUGUUGCAUUAGAUGAGGCCAAACGACUUUUAAAAGAGGCUGUAGUGAUGCCAGUUAAAUAUCCGGAACUUUUCGCUGGUAUUGUACGACCUUGGAAAGGUAUUUUAUUAUUUGGUCCUCCUGGAACUGGUAAGACUUUACUUGCAAAAGCAGUAGCUACAGAAUGUCAUACUACAUUUUUUAAUAUUUCUGCAUCUAGUGUUGUUUCAAAAUGGCGUGGUGAUAGUGAGAAACUUGUACGACUUCUUUUUGAUUUGGCUGUUCAUUAUUCCCCAAGUACUAUUUUUAUAGAUGAAAUUGAUUCUCUCAUGUCAUCAAGAUCUGGAGAAGGAAUGCAUGAAGGUUCACGUCGUAUGAAGACAGAAUUAUUAGUACAGAUGGAUGGUCUAUCUAAGCGAAAAGGUGGUGAAGUUGUAUUUGUACUUGCAGCCAGUAAUGUCCCUUGGGAUCUUGAUACUGCCAUGCUACGUCGACUGGAAAAACGUAUUCUUGUUGGUUUACCAACACGUGAGGCACGAGCCACAAUGUUUCGUCAAAUCUUAACCCCUACAGCUGCUCCAGAUCUUGAUUGGAAUGUUUGUGCAGAUCUCACAGAAGGUAUGUCUGGGGCGGAUAUUGAUGUGGUUUGUCGGGAGGCGAUGAUGAGACCCAUACGAAUAAUGAUUGAGAAACUCGAACGGGCGGGUAAUCCGGCGGAUUUGGGAAAAGGACCGUUAAAACGGCCAUCGGUGACGCUGGAUGAUGUGAAGGCAAGUGUGGCCUGUACACAGAGUAGUGUGCGACAGUCGGAAUUGGAAAAGUAUGAUCAAUGGUUGAAAAGAUAUGGUUCUGGUAUUUCUUCUUAG